AUGGAAAUUUACGAAGCAAAGUAUGACUUCUGUGAUGAUUGUGGCGAAAGCUUGCUUAGUUUUAACAAAGGCGAGAAAUUUUUAGUCACGAACAAAUCUGAUGGAGGAUGGUGGGCCGCUCAAAAUUUGUCCAGUAACGAAAUAGGAUACAUUCCUUCAGCGUACGUUGAAGUAAGAGCGGUCAUUUUUUUGUUGUCCUUUUUAUCUAUAUCUAUGAAUCUUCUUGAAAUGUUGGCGUUCUCUACCAGAAAUUCUGGUUUGUUUGAAGAGUAAAUUAAAGAUAAGCCUUCCGUUGUUUUUCGCGGUUGUUGUAACACAAACAUUGGGAAGCCUCCAGCUCAGAGGCAAAGAUUGCAUUGCCUAGCAGUUAUUUUCUCUUCGCUGGAAUUCGUCUACAUCCCAGGUAGCUAUCCAGAUAUAUUUCUCUUCAUUAGUGGCAUGAUGUAGUCCAGGAUCAGAGUGUUUACACUCAAAACAGUUCAGAACCGCAAACUAUUCAUUGUUAACAUAAAUACAUCGGUGGUUGUGCUGUACACGAGCGGAAACUGUGCGAAUCGAGAGUUCCCCCUGUAACUACUUAGGGGUAAUCACGACAUCGUUAAAUUGCUUCCGCCCGAAUGAAUGCUCUAAACAUCACACUGCUUUUAGCUUCGCUCAAGGUAUUCGUGUCUUCAAAAUUAUGAACGAAAAAUUUUUGAUCGUUCUGCAACGUAACUUUCGCCGUAAGAUAUAUUGGCUGCGUGAUAAGCCUUACUACUUUAAACUACUAGGCUCGAUGGUCUGCAUCUACGUGGAAAAAUCGAAAUCUUUCUAUUAUAUACUCGACGCAGACUCGUAAUAUCUUACCAGUAUGAUAAAAAAUACAACGCCAGUAGAUUGGUGUAAUCGAUCGUUUGAAAGGAGGUAACAUUUGAUAUAACGUGAUGGAAGCCUCAAGUGCGAGUGGGGCUUCGACGUGCGAUGAAUUCAGUGUUACUAGUUUUCCUCUACUUAUCUCAGCUACAGCUGUGACUUAAAGUACAUCUACAAAUACUUCUCCAGGAGAAGGUACCUUUUUACGUUUGCAUUAAAUUCGAAUGUUAAUCGAUCAUUGUGUCAUAACUGUUGAAGCGAUCGGCUAUUUACUCUGAUGAUUGUGCGCGUGUUUGUUUAAGGAAAAUUAGUCGGCAACAAUUACUUCUUAAUCUGACUGAAAUUUACCCCUUGGCUAGCCUCUUAUGAAAGCGCUGUUAUUUUUUAGUUAAAAAAAUCAAAUUCCUUUUUUACAUUUUGUUACAGUUAGCUGGUAAUUGUCCUGUGGAAAUACGAGAUCCUUAACGACUUGACAGUCAAAUUUCUUCGACGUUUAGCGCUAAUUUCCGCAGAAUGAGGUAGAUAUUGUACUGUUCUCCUGGCUGUAAUGAACGUUUGCGAUCGUUGAAUAUUAAUUAUUUUCCUACAUAAUUCACUACUUGAUAUUGCAUACAGGUGUACCCAAUUUUCAAAUAUGAAUGAGUACAGAUUCUUUAGAAUCUGAAGUGACUGCUUAGCUACGAUAAUUUUGCGAUUUUGGCUAAAAGCUUAAUUUUUAUAAACAUUCACAACUGCCAACAGUAAAUUGAUCUACACGAUUAAAUUGGGAAGAGUAUUUACAUGCAUUUAACCUUGGAAAUUAUCCCGAAACUUGGUAUUUAUCUUCUUUUCCGUGAUGUGAAAGGCCACACCUCCUUUGAUCGUAUGGAUGAGGAAACAGUUCGACAAAGAGAAAAAUCAAUCUUUUCUUCUCUAACCGGGUAUUGCGACUGCGCCACGCUUUGAUUCCCAGUUGGGUUUUUCCACGAAGUUUAGAUUUUAUUUUGUUUUUUUGUUUUUGUUUUUGUUUUUGUUUUUGUUUUUGUUUUUUUUUCUGAUUCGUGUACUGCCAUUUUACUGUUCAUUUGUCUCUUUCAUUAGCACAACAAUAAUAGCUAUGAGCGCUUCACCAAAUUAGGAAUCACGCCCAGUACUUCUCGCGCGACUUCAUCUCAAGUAUUCACUUUUGACACUGUUACGUCUGUUGUUGCUCAAUCGCGGGAGGAAAACUUGCAACGUAAAAGUUUGACCAGUCUCUAGUUCGCACCUUCAAGCAAGAAUUUUACUUCUUUUUCAAGGUUAGUAGUGCAAAACUUGUCGCACUGACUUAUUUUUGUGAGAACUCGAUGUCAUCUUUAAAAUUAGCAAGAAGGGCGAAGACCCAUUUGUUUACAGGUGUUUGGAAAGUACUCUUCGUAAGAUUCUUCUGCUCCUGUGGCUUUUCGACAGCAUCAAGGAAGCGCUCUAUCUAUUUUUAUUCACCGUAAUUUUAAAUAUUAUGGUUCUGAAUCAAUCUAAUAUUUUCCAAUCUUGUAUAUUGCUCAUUUUAUCAUAUAUUUUCUUCGUUUAACAUUGUAGGAAGAAAUUUAUUCGAACUGUCAUGUCAUGAACUUUGAGUGUCGCUGGACGUCGUUCGAUUCGAAGCCAUAUUUUCUCUCGGAAAUUUCUAUUUGUAAAGUAAAUUGAUUUUAUUUCUUGACGUUAUGCUGUAAGUUUUACAGGGUAGUGACUUCUAUUGCAAGAUUAAACGAGUUUCAAUCAAAAUUUGGCAAACGUAAAUGUUCGCUAUCGGUGAAAUCGUCAGGAAUUACAAAUCGCCUAAAUUUCGCUUUCUAGUGGGAUGGUAGUCACUAGAAUGGUUUAAAAAUCUCGAACCGUAUUUCUAUUCCUUUGCUUUUUAAACUUUCGACCGAUAGUUUCGAUAAUAGCGCUUUUGUUUUCUAGAGGUUUACCUGUUGUUCUUAAUUCGCGGUCGCGCAUUUGAAAUUCAAAUUUCCGAUAAUUAGAUGUACAGCUAACAAAAACAAGAUUAGGUUUUAAAAAAAAAAUAGAGCCUUCGAUGUUUUUGACCGCCGUUUUACCCCGGUAAUUCAACGUGGUAGUACCUUCGGGUUUUUUUCCGGAAAAUCUCUCAAAAUUGUCGCGAGAUACGCCGAAAGUGCUUUAGUUUCGAGGUCUUUUACGAAGCAGACCCUCUGUGCACGCGAGUUACAGACAGCGAUCACAACAGGGUUUCUGCAAUACUUUAUCAGUUGUUCGCUUUUUUCAGCUGCACGGAGUAGAAACCAAUCUGUCAGCCACAAGGGUGCGCAGUUUUCUUUGAACAUCCGAGAACUGUUGUUUUUCUUGCUGCCGUUUUUUUUGCUAUAAUUUCCCUAAGUAUUCGAGCUAUGUAAGAGAUAGACAAUGUGUUUCACCCCGUAAAUUCGUUUUGAGUAAUGAACCUUAUCGGCUUAUAUUUUUAUUUACAGAGGCACAGGGUAAAAAAAUUAUUGUAAAUGCACAUAAGUGACUCAAAGUCGCAGUUUUGCAUAAUUUACUAAAAAUAUAGCAUUAAGUUUACCAUUGUGGUUAUUUUCUUAAAUGAUGUUCAUGGCAGGUGCCAGUGAAGUGUUUGUGCCUCUCUGCUACUUUUUUCACAACAUUGUCAACCACCAAAUGAACAUUUUCAAACAGAUAGUCGACUAAAUAGCUCUUUUACGGUUUGUUUCCAAAACGUGUCUAGUAAUAUUCUUAGAAUUGCUCAAAGCCUUAAUGUUAAUCACCUGUACUCUCAGUUAUUUACACAAUUUUUCAUCAUCCCUUUAAAAAAAUUUACUUUAUCUGAGUCUUAUUCAAUUUAUAUUCUGUGGUUUUGAGUUUCUUUAUAUAAUUUUCAAUUAGACCAUACCUAAAUCUCUUGAAACUGACGUUUAUGUCUUCAGACCAUACUUUACUGUCAACCACAAAGUAGUUGACUUCCCUUCAAUGUAAGCACCUAUAUCAUCCCUGUUUUAACCCCAGUCAUUAAGGUAGUCUGAACAAGAAGUUUAACAUGUUGGAUUCGUAAUCUGAUGGUUGUAAGUUAAAUUCAUUUGCCCUGCUGCCCAGUCGAAUUUGUUUUUCAUGUCUUAGAAAGACUUUGUAAACAGUCGACUGGUUUUAUCUCCCACCAGUUGGAAUUCUGAACAACUUGCCUGAUGUUUACUAUUUGUUUUGUUAUUUCAAUUUGUCCUGUUUGUGCCAAAUACCAAUUGACACUUCUUUAAAGUGUUUGUAUUGCUUAUUCUAGUAUACUGAACAACAGAAUUAGACCUAAUGACCACCUCUUACAUGUCGCUUGGUUCUCUUUGCCGCACCUUUCCUUAAAUGUCAGAGUUUACUCUGCCAUUUGUUUUCUGAAGAGAUCUGAUGUGAUAGGGUUAAUUUAAAAGAAAUACUUUCAGUGGCCAUUUGGCUCUGAGAUUUAAUGUUUGUGGUGUCACUUCCAUUGGUUAAAUAUUUAUAACAAGUAUUUUUUUAUUGUCUUUUAAAUUUACUUUUGGAAAGUUGUCUUUUAUAUGCUAAUUCUUGAAAGGGCAUUCACCAAGAAGAGUUUAAAGUUUCUUAAACCUUUUAAGUAUCAUAUUUUAUGUAGAUCAUUAUUUGGUUGAUGUUGGUACUUGUCUAACUUUGCUUUGCAGUGUACUGCAGUUAUCGAUCCACUCACAUUAGACCAUAUGGAUGUGUCUUCAAAACAAGAGAAAAUCAAAAUGGAUGCCUUAUGUGAGCUCACAGCAAAGAUUCAGCAAAAUCCUCAUCCAGGUAAAGUGUUUUUACUUGUACAAAACAAGCACAGUGUACAUGUGUCUGUUGGUUUUGCAAGAACUGCCAGUUUGAAUUCAAAUUAAAAAAACACCUAUUACAGUAGAAACUCUGCUCAAAGAGGCUGGAUACAGUUUUUCUAGGCUCUGACCAGUUAUAUUCAUAGCACGCAAAAACCAACUCUCCCUCUGUGUAGUCAAAAGAUUUACUGGCAUGUGUUGGCCAAAGGUUGGGUGUUUAAUACAGUGGACUUGGCAUGGCAAUUGUUAUUAAGGUAUCACAGAAGGAAAAUCAAAGUUUUCAUUCAAACUGAGAUAGCAUGACAAUUAUGUUUGCUAACCCUGUAAAUAAAUACAUUUUCUUAAAGCUUUAUGAACACUGCUUUUGAAUAUUUGUUUUCUAAUUUUUUACCAUUGAACAGAUUAGGAGCUUAUUUGUUCUUCCCGAGAUGUUUUACAAGAUAACUUAAUUUGACAACAUGUUUUGAUCAACAUGUUUCUUUUUUAUCAGAAUAUGAUCUCUACAUAUUGAACUAAAAAAGUCUGUCUGGGAUUUUUAUUUUAAAGCCUUGUUAAUUUUUUUAUCAUUGUUUUAACUUCAAGAGCUUUUGAGCAAAGUUUUUAUGGUGGACACUAUAUCUCAAGUAAGAAGGAGAAAAUUGAAAAUCCAGGAAAUACUUUUAGGGUUCAUUAUAUUCCCAACACAAUCUCCACAUUUCACGAAAACUGACUGAAUAUCAGCCAAGAACAAACUCUUCAAAUAUAAGAAGCAGAGCCAAAACACUUUACCACAAAAGCCACUUGAAUUGUUUUGGGGCAUCAGUGUUUUUUUACAUAAAUGCCUUUCCACUUCACACCUAUGAAGUCAUUUAACACUGUUUGCCUGUCAGCACUGAUGCAUCCUACAGUAGAGGACAAAGAGCAAAUACAAUUUGUAAGGAGUUAGGUUGAGAAGGUUUUUAAAUAAGUGAAUAUGUAGUCAUUUGUGUCAAUGUGGAAGGUGCUUCAACCAGCAGAAAGAGGAGGAAAGAGGUUAGGCAGAGAAAGGAGAGCUACACAAUGUCACAGCUUUUCAUUGAUCCAUUAUCAAAGUGCAAUGCUAUGCAAAUGACAAUGGGCUGUCUGUGAUAUUUUUUGCAAACUAACGCCAUCAGCAACUUCAAUAGAAGUAGGGUCUGGCCACUGAAUCUCUUAAGUCUAGUAGGAACCCCUAUGGCCAUCAGUGAACAAUAUUUCCACUCUGAUGCAAUCUGCAAAUAAAUUUUCCUUUUUUGAGAAUGGCAUAAGGGACUUGUCACUUUUGGACAUGAUAAAAGCUUGAAAACAACACUUGAAUUACUUAAACAAUCUCUCUAUCUUUCAAAAGGAACCAGUGUUGGGAGACUUGAUAAUGAAUUAGCAAUUUUUGAACUGUACAGCAGGUCUCAAAAUUUAAAAAAAAUUCCAAGUCGCCUUUUGGCAACCAUCAAAGAAAAAAUGGUCGCCAAAUGCAAAAAUGCAGUCGCCAGUUAGUACAAGAACAGAAGCUCAGAUUAGAGCCUCAUUUAAUUGACAUAGUUGUUCGGCUUCUGGAACUAAACACAUUGAAAAACAUCCUCUGGUAGCUGCUGCAUGAGAUUCAGGCUCCAAACAAACGUUUUUGAAAGGCUUUGAAAUGCUUCUUGUUCGCAUACUGAAAACGAUCUUGCUUCCUGGUAAUUUCAAGACUGCAGCAAAUUACGAAAAUCGCUCAGUGUAUCCUUCUCUUGUGAUAAACAAUUCAUGACUUUCGGUGUAGACUCAUCUGACUUGAUCGCGUACAUGGUGAAAGAAAGCUAUUACUUUGAAAGCCGGCUCCUUGUGACAGAAUUUGCUACAGAACGCUUUUAAAUUCAGUGGCCUUUCAACAAAAUAUUGCGCCCGCGGUUACCAUGUGGAAGCCACUGUGAUGUCGUCUCAGAAGUCGCAAUCUUGAAGCAAUUUCAAGUUUUAACCUAAAGGUAAACAGACUAAAUUUGCAUUUCCUUUUACAGAAAAGCAGAAACAAGACUGAGGAAAUUGUUAAUCUUUUAUUUAUCAGAGGAACAUAGUAGCCAAAGUGGCGACUAAACUCGAAAUUUUAAGUCGCCAAGUUAUAAGAUUUAGUCACAUUGGUGACGGUAUCAGUCGCAAUUUCGAGCCCUGUACAGUGUGCAUUGUAAUCUUUAGUAGAAAUUGUUAAUUAGGUGAUGAGAUGAAGUUGACAUGAUGAAGUGUCAUCAAUCUCACGCCUUCCAUUCUACUCUCAAAUGACAUUUUGCUUUAUAUCUCCUGAAGAAAAAAAGAUGCCAAAAUAAAUUUUGCAGAAGUUGAUAGAUCUUUAGAUGAUGUUAAUUAUUCAAUAAUUUUUUUUUGUCUAUGAUACCUUAAUAUCCUAAUGCUAUGGGAAUAUCUUGUGGCAAAAUUUUUAGGGACAGUCUCAAAAUCUUAAAUCAAGUUGCCUUGACAGACUGUGCUGUACCAAGUAUUCAUGUAUAUCAAAGUAGAAAACCAGUUGAUUACUAUUGGACACCUAACUCUUUGUUAAAAUGCCAGUAAUUCAUGGCCAAAAAACAACUUUUUGAUGUUUUAAAGGAAGGAAUCAUCCAAAGUACCCUAAAGAAGACUACUUGGGUGAUGGAAAACAAACUCCCCCCACAACUCCUGAGUUAAAGAGGACUGUCAUACCACACUCUGCCUCUAAGGAACAGGAUGAAUUACGUAAAGACCUUAAAUUUAGCCAGCAAAGGUAGGUUAUUUUGACAUGGUUUGAGUACUUUAGUAAUAAUUGAGCACAAAGUCUUAUGAAAAAAUUUAAGUGUAAGACUAAAGAAAUUAUUUCACCUGCUAACAUUAUCUACCAGAAGGUGUUGAAAGUUCCAAACACAGUAACAGUUGUUCUGUCAUACUGUUAAUUGAAAAUGACAAGUAGUAUGCAUGUGGUAAUCAUUAAACCUGUUUAAUUCAACUUUUGAUAAUACAUUAUAAUAGCUUGUAUAUGCAUCUAAAAAGAUGAAAGCUUACUUUUAUAUACCAAACAUCAGUAAUGGUCAAUAGCUAGUACUGUUUGUGGAGCUUAGUUUCUUCUGACAAAUAAGAAUUGUUCAAUCAAUAGCUAGUGAGCAUAAGCUCAUAGUGACCUUGGUUAAAACACCAGGAUUUUCUUUUACUGGGAUGGCAUGUCUUGCUGAUCAAAAAUUAAAGUUGCUGUUACAAAAUUAACCAUAAAUAGUCAACAGAUUUGACAUUGAAUAUCCUUAAGGUGGCUUUCCUCAUCCACUCUCUCCAGACAGAAUUGCUGUUCACUACUUCAUUUCCAUUGUGUCUAUUAAGGGUUAAUUGAAUUAUGAUUGUAAUUCCUCCCUUUAGGGGUAUUCAACUGGGAAGACCCGAACUUAUGAAAACAUGGGAAAAGUUUGAACACAAAAAGUCUGCCAAAGCUGAAAAGGGUAAAAGUAGUGUUGACAGUGAACUGGAAUCCAGAUUUCGCAGCAUCUCUCAGAAACAAGAGGUGAGGAGAGGAUGGUCAAUUUAUCCAUUAUAUUCUUUUAGCACAUUGUUGCAAAGUUUUUUACAUAGGAUUCAUGCAUUUUUGUUGGUUAACUCUCCAUACUCUAACAUCAGUAUGUAUAUUCUUCAUACUGUUCUCUAUACAUUUUCUAUGGUGCUAAUGAAGAGAAUUUGGAGAAUUUGUUUAAUAAUUAAGAGUUGCUUUUGUUGGUGAUCAUUCCCUCUAUUCUUGUGACCUAAUGUGUGAUUCAGGGGUGAUAUUGAAGGGAGAAAUCAGAUGCUUGUCACUCUUAGGGGUUAAAGGGUUAAAAUUAUUAUUUUCUUUUUCUCAAGGAUUUUGAAAAGCAGAAAGAGACAGAAGCAACAAAACCAGAGUUCAUGAGAGUUAGUCUCAAGAAAUCCUCAAGGGAAGUUGAGGCCACCAGCUGACCAAUCACCAUGAAGCUUAAGCCAAACUUAAGGCAUUGAAUACUAUGUUUUAAGAAAAAAUGUAAGAAAGUUCUUGGAUGUGUAAAGUUAGAAAAGCUUAUAGCAAAUGUGUUAUUUUUAUAUACUAGUUCAAGUUACAUUGCUGUGUUUUUUGGAAAAUAUUCUUAAGAGGCAUAGGUAAGAUACUGGUAAUCCAGAACAAAGAAAAGCCCUUCCUAGGGUUUUUUUUAACUCUUUUCAUCUUUGCUGUUCACAGAUAGAAUAAUUUUUUUGAAAAACUCAAGUUCAGUAUUAUUACUAAUAAAAGAAUGUGCUGUUUCAUGAAAAUUAUACCAAAUCCCACAGCUGGUUAUUUAGAUUCUGAUAUUAAAAAGGUUCUCUACCAUCUUUGAAUAAGCCAGGCAUUCUAUGUAAACAAUGUUUUUUUGUAAACAGAUUCAACAGUUAAGGCUUUAACACUGAAAUUUAAAUCUUAAAACCCAUUUGUAAAAAAUUGUUGCCAAAACCGUACCAGUCUUUAUACAGUACCAAUCUACACAUCUUUCCACACAAGUCGUAAUUUAAAUAACAAGCUCUUACAAUUAAACAGAAACAUCUUCAACUCAGUGUGUCCUGCUUGUUUUCAACAGAUAACUUUGAAUUUGAACAUUCAAGUGAAAAACUUUAAAAGCUCACUUCAAGUUAAACCAAGGGGGCUACUGGUUCUGUAGCUAUGGUGAUUACACUCCCAAAGUAAUGAUAAUGUACAUGUUACUAUCAGGCUUAAUGAAAAAGGCUAUAGUUAAGAAUUAUUAUAUACAAGGAAAACAUUGACUUGAGAUAAAAAGGGGUUCAGGGCAAUGUUAAGGAAAAUCUUCCUCCUCUCAAGACAGUGAACAUUUUAAGAACUGAUGUUUCCCUGUUGUUCAAAAACUAAAGAGGCCAAUAAGGGCCAUACAUUGUUGUGGGGGAUAUUUGGUCUUAUUUAAACAUUUAAGCGUUUCUGCUUUAACACAUUGUUUUAGGGGAUAUUUGGUCUUCUUUAAGCAUUUCUGCUUCCCAACCACACAGAAUUUAAGGCUACAUACAAGCUCCAAGCCUUAAUGACGGGGGUUGGGGGGGAAAGGAUAUUUUAUUAAAACUACAGAAACUUUAGUGUCAACAUCUCAGAUUUUAUGCAAGUAAACUUAUGCGUUCAUGACAAGCAUGAUAAGUUAUACUUGUUUUGUUUUAAGAGAAAACCCUGUCAGAGUGUGAAGCUUGUUUUAAGAGCAGAUUCACAUGUUUCUGUGAUGCACUUUGUGAACCAUGUCAUCUUGAAUUGCUGGUCUAGGUUAUGACGAUAGUUAUCACAGCAGACUGCAGCCAAAGCGAAGUCAUUCUUCACCAGUCCUAACACUGCUACACUGUCCCUUGAUGUUGGGUGGCCUUUGAGGGGAUAGAGUAAUGCUAAACAUAUUCCUCUUUGUCAUUCAACUUGCUUACUCUUGUAAUGUAUGGAUUAUGAAGGCAUUGUUUGGUUAUCACUUUUCCUUUUCAUUAUUUUGGUUAUUGAUUCAGGUUCGUAGCAAAGCUUGGUGACUAAUUGAUUAGUAAGUCACCAUCGCUCAAUAAUUAUACAAAAUUUGUAUGUUGUUAUAGUUCUUUUUCUUGUUAUGUUUACUUUCAUUUGCAUACUUCUUAUGUAGUCUCCUGAAUUUUAGCAUCAG